GUUACACGAUAAUAAGCUUUGGUUGAAUGGAUAAAAUGCGUUUAGGUAGUAGCUGGUUUGGACGUCUUACUGUGGGGCUAAUUCGAGUCCCUUGUGAGUUCAGUCAGAAGAGCACACUGCUUGUAAACCAGCAUGGUGGAUUCUCAGUACUACCUCCCCAAUGACAUUGGGAUCUCGAUUCUGGAUUGUGCCGAGGCCUUCCGGCUGCUGUCAUCUAAAGAGCAGCUGUACGCACAUUACCUCUCGCGGGCAGCUUGGUAUGGCGGUCUGGUGGUUCUGCUGCAAACCUCACCAGAGUCUCCAUCCAUCUACGUGCUCCUGCAGAGAAUCUUCCGGAAGCAGACGCCUGCACAGCUGGACACAGUGGCGGCUGCAGCGGGCCUGAGCUCAGAUGAAUACCAGGCAUUUCUUGUGUAUGCUGCUGGGCUUUAUGCAAACAUGGGAAACUACAAGUCAUUUGGUGACACGAAGUUCAUCCCCAAUUUGCCAAAGGAGAAGUUUAAGGCAGUGGUGUGGGAAAGCCAGGCCUAUAAGGAGAACCCUGCUGAGAUGGAGGCUCUGUGGAACAGCUGCUCCCACCUCCUCUACUCCCUGGAAGACAAGCAGAAACAGCUUGGGCUCGGGGAUGAAGGGAUCUCCACAUACUUCUCAGGGAACUGCUGCUUACAAGAUGCAGAGUUGGCCCAGAAAUUUCUAGACUCCAAGAACCUGAGUGCCUACAACACACGUUUGUUUAAGAAGGAGAAAGAAGGGAAACGCUGCUACGAGGUGCGCCUUGCUUCUGCAGUGAAGAAGGAUUGUGCUGUUGAGGGUGAGGGAGAGACUUGCUGUGGCACUUAUGACUUUGAGGAUGCUACAUUUUCUGUUCAGAGAGGAGACUAUGCAUAUCUUAUGGAGAAAGUCAGCCAAAACCUGGAAAAAGCUAAGGCUUACGCUGCCAAUGAGAACCAGAGUCAAAUGCUGGAGGAAUAUAUAAGAAGUUUCACCUAUGGCUCUGUGGAUGCACAUAAAGAAGGCUCCCGUUUCUGGAUAAAAGACAAGGGCCCUAUUGUAGAGAGUUACAUUGGCUUCAUUGAGAGCUACAGAGAUCCAUUUGGUUCAAGAGGCGAGUUUGAAGGUUUUGUUGCUGUGGUCAAUAAGGCGAUGAGUGCCCGGUUUGCACAGCUGGUGAGCUCAGCCGAAGUCUUGCUGCCCGAGUUGCCGUGGCCUGCUGCGUUCGAAAAGGAUCGCUUCCUCAAACCGGAUUUCACCUCGCUGGAUGUGCUCACCUUCGCUGGCAGUGGCAUCCCAGCAGGAAUCAACAUUCCAAACUAUGAUGAUAUUAGACAAACAGAAGGCUUUAAGAAUGUGUCCCUUGGGAAUGUGCUGGCUGUGGCCUACGCAACACAAAAGGAGAAACUCACUUUUUUGGAGGAAAAAGACAAGGAUCUGUACAUCAAGUGGAAAGGCCCUUCUUUUGAGGUGCAGGUGGGGCUGCAUGAGCUUCUGGGGCAUGGCAGUGGCAAACUCUUCAUGCAGGAUGAAAAGGGAAACUUCAACUUUAAUCAGGCUGAGGUCUGUAAUCCAGAGACGGGGGAAUUGAUUACCAGCUGGUACAAAGGCAGUGAGACAUGGGACAGCAAGUUUUCCACCAUCGCUUCGUCAUAUGAGGAGUGUAGGGCAGAGUGUGUGGGGCUCUACCUCUGUCUGAACAAGCAGGUGCUGAGCAUCUUUGGCCAUGAAGGUGAAGCAGCAGAGGAGGUAGUGUAUGUCAACUGGUUGACCAUGGUCCGUGCUGGUCUGCUAGGCCUGGAGUUUUACACACCAGAGAGCAAGAGCUGGAGACAGGCUCAUAUGCAGGCUCGUUUUGUGAUCCUGCGUGUGCUGCUGGAAGCAGGAGAGGGUUUGGUGACCUUGAGUGAGACCACAGGGGCGGAUGGCCAACCUGACGCCCUCAUCACGCUGGACCGCAGUAAGAUUCACACAGUGGGCAAGAGUGCCAUCCAGAAGUUCCUCUGCAGUCUGCAGGUGCACAAGUCCACGGCUGAUGUGGAGGGAGGCCGAGCGUUGUAUGACCGCUACUCUGCAGUGACAGCUGAUGGAGCUCACAAUUUCCUGCGACUCCGUGAGACGGUGCUGCUUCGUAAGGAAGCUCGCAAGAUGUUUGUCCAGGCUAACACUCGAGUCAAAGGCGAGGCAGUGGAACUGGAGGAGUACGAGGCGAGUGCUGCCGGACUGAUCCAGUCUUUUUCCCAGCGCUUCACUGACGAUGCUGUGGAACUGGAGGCUCAGCUGCUGGAAAUGGCCUCCAGAGACGUAAACUGCUGGUGCUGAGGGGAGCACUGCAAUCUUAGAGCCAGUUUCUCAGAUGAUAACUGCCAUAAGCGUGCAGGUGCAAACUGUAUCAGAGAAAGAAAUGAUAAAAUGAGAUAGAAAGAGGUUGCAAAGGGUAUCUUGGAAGUGAUUGUAGGAAAAUGCCAAAAAAUAAAAAUAAAAAAAAUCAGAAGCUCAGUUAAAUCAGAUUUGCUGCAUACACAUGCACACUGCUUAAUGCUUUGCUUGUUCUUCCACAGACAAUGUAACAGUUAACUUACUUUUUCUCUCUGCUCUGUGUACACCAAUGUCAGUAAGUCAGGUUUUUUAUUUAGAAUAUGCAAUCACUCCUCUGUAUUUGAGAUGGGACCACAGCCUACGCUUCCCACACAGAUGGAUAUGUGUUAAAGCAUCGGUGAGAGAAAAUGUGCUGUGUGAAGGCGGAGUGGGAGAAGCACUUAUGUAAUCUAAACCUGUUGCACUUGUGUGAACGUUUUAACAAAUACGCUCUGCGUAAUCAUCUUUAUGUAGUGAUCAGCAAUACAUCACAUAAUCAACUGACUAGUCAAGAUGCGAGUUUAGUGGGAUGUUUCCUCAGAAAUCAGUGAUUUACUGGACUUCGAUUUUCUUGAAGGCACUUAGAAUAAAAGAAGACUAUGUGAUUGCUGACGAGGCAAGCAUUUCCUACCAAAUAAAAAUCAAACAUUUUUCA